UAUUGCACUGCGGUUGGGUAUUUGUUCGCGCUAUUUACCUAUGUAUAUUUAAUUAUCUUUAUAUCUCGACUUUUCUCAUUUGCUGCGCUCAGGCCAACUAGCCGGAGUUCCGGCACUGGUACACAAAACCAAAAUGGUGGCGUCACACUACCGGCCGGUAUUGCGGAUGAUCAAUCGAAGGAUUUCGAUUUUGAAAAGACCGAAAUGAAGUACGAUUCGACGGGUAUGUUCCACUGGAGUCCGGCUAAGAAUCUAGAAGACUGCAUACUGGAUCGCAAUCAAGCGGCAAUGACCGUUCUAAAUGGUCAUGUUGUCGUAUGCCUUUUUGCCGAUCCAGAUUCGCCGCUAAUCGGAUUGCGCAAUUUGGUGAUGCCACUGCGCGCCUCAAACUUUCACUAUCACGAACUGAAGCAUGUGGUGAUAGUCGGUUCGGUGGACUACAUCCGACGAGAAUGGAAAAUGUUACAGAAUUUGCCAAAGAUAUCGGUGUUGAAUGGUUCGCCGCUGAGUCGCGCCGAUUUGCGUGCCGUUAACGUGAAUCUGUGCGAUAUGUGUUGUAUAUUGUCGGCGAAAGUUCCUAGCAACGACGAUCCGACGCUGGCCGAUAAGGAGGCCAUUCUCGCGUCGCUCAACAUCAAGGCGAUGACCUUUGACGAUACGAUCGGUGUACUGAGUCAACGUGGGCCCGAAUUCGAUAAUCUGAGCGCGACCGCUGGCAGCCCCAUUGUGCUGCAACGGCGCGGCUCCGUUUACGGCGCGAAUGUGCCCAUGAUAACAGAACUGGUCAACGAUAGUAACGUGCAGUUUCUCGAUCAAGACGAUGAUGAUGAUCCGGAUACGGAACUAUAUCUGACGCAGCCGUUCGCCUGCGGUACCGCCUUCGCCGUUAGUGUUCUCGACUCGCUGAUGUCGACGACGUACUUUAAUCAAAACGCUUUAACGUUGAUCCGCUCUCUAAUCACCGGCGGCGCUACACCAGAGCUGGAGCUCAUACUCGCCGAAGGUGCUGGUCUGCGUGGCGGCUAUAGCACCGUGGAUAGUCUUAGCAAUCGUGACAGAUGUCGUGUUGGCCAAAUAUCUCUGUACGACGGACCAUUGGCUCAAUUCGGUGAAUGCGGCAAAUAUGGUGAUCUAUUUGUGGCGGCGCUCAAGUCGUACGGCAUGCUAUGCAUUGGCCUCUACCGAUUUCGGGACACGAGUUCAAGUUGUGAUGCGAGUAGCAAGCGCUAUGUUAUAACGAACCCACCCGAUGAUUUUUCACUACUGCCAACAGAUCAGGUUUUCGUAUUAAUGCAAUUCGAUCCGGGCUUAGAGUAUAAACCGGCCGCUGUGCGUGCGCCAGCUGGCGGUCGUGCUGCCAACACACAAGGCUCCGGGGUCGGUGGGGGUGGUUCAAACAAGGAUGAUAACUCUUGAUUGUUACUGUGUAGCGCCUUAACUGAUGGUCCUUACUCGUACAUUUGAACAAUGGAGCAAACGAUCGGGUACAAAAUAGCGCAUUUCUGGCAAUUAAUAAUCGGCAAAAUAUGGCAAAAAUUUCUAAAGGCAAUGCAAAAUGUAUCAAACAAAAAGUAUUAGAUAACACAACGGAAAGUUCGUGUUCUAAGUAGUAUAGCCAAAGAAAACUGAUUGUGAAUUGGAAAAGAAAAUUACCUAUAUGGAAAAAAUAACAAUUGUAUGUAGUACUUGGCAGACCAAGUAAAUGCGCUAUUUUGUACGUUUAUAUUUGCACAGACAUUCGCACAAGCGAACCUCAAUGGUAUUCUACAUAACAAAAUGAGGAAUGACACCAAACUACUAAACAAUUUUAUAUCGAUUUAAAGCAAAUGUCUUUGCAAAUAUAAAAUAAAACUCCAAUAAAAAAAAAUAUAUACACCAAACUGAUUCAUUGGAUCAGUAGAGUAAAAUCCAUCGUUCAAAUGGUUUAAAGAUUGCUUCCCACACCAUUCCGUCAAACUCCUCUAACUUCUUGAUAAAUUUUUCUAAAAUAUAUUUAUAACCUGUAUUUAUUUUUAUUUUAAUUAAUU